AAACUAAACGAAAACACGAGAAAAGCAAAACACCAUAGCGCAUGCACAUGUUUUCGUGUUGCAUUACGGUGUAAUUUUCAUGAAUUUAUUUUAUUAAAUUGCGAUGAAUGAAUCCAGACUCUUCCUUGGAAACCUGCCUCCUGGAAUAUCAGACGAUGAUUUGAGACAAAGGUUAAAAAAAUACGGCAAACUUUCGGAUGUCAAUAUCAAGCAAAAAGUCGACCACGUUGGUAAAGUGACAGCAACAUUUGCCCACUGCACCCUGUCGACGAAAAGUGAUGUUUUAAAAUGUUUGGACAAGUUGAUGGGCGAAGGGCCAUGGAACGGACACUCGCUGAAGGCAGAAAUUGCCAAGAAAUCUUUUGAACAAAGAAGACAAGAAAACUUCUCUGUCGUGAGUGACAAAACAAAGCAAAUAGAGGUGCCAAAUAAACCACCGAAAGCAGAGAGGCCUCCUAAAGUCAAGAAGCAACCUGUGCUGAAUGAGGAAGAAUCAGACGAGGAGGUAGUUUUCUGGGGUCAAGCAAAAGGGAAGCCAGAAAAUGCUGUGGAAUUUGAGUCUGAAGAUGUUAAGAAAAGAAAAAGGAGAUAUGAAGAACCCCCUACUAAAUUCUAUAAAGCUGAGGCCACGAGCUCUCAGUCUGAACUCCUCAAUAGACUGGAGAAGUUCAGUAAUGUGUGGGGUGAUUCCGAGAGCAGUUUUGGUCCGAGCUACCAACGAAGGCCUCGUCCUGAAUUCAAUGGAGACACUUCACCUAAAAUUUCAAAUGAUUUGGCGCAGUUAGAAGAGCGGAAACCUGAAAAGAGACCAAAAAUAAAGAGUUCAGUUAAAUCGGAAGAGGCAAAGCCUAAGGUGGCAUCUAAAAUAGACAAAAAGCUGCGGUCAGAGGAGCAGCGCCAGCAGUCCUUGAACCAGAAGGCUGACCUUUUGAAAAAGCAGCAGAAUGCAGUUAAAAAAGCCCUGUCAGCUAAGAACAAAGCUAACACAAAAAUUAAAUUUGACGAUGAAGAGGAAAUUGAAAACGGUACCAUUAAACCUACGUCAAUGCAGUUGUUUGAUGAUGAGUCGGAUGGGGAGGAAAUUCAUGAGGACAACUUCAAAAUCAAAAAGCAGUUUGAAGGAAAGCGUGGAGAAAAGCUCCUGGAACUCCAGUCAAGCUUUGGCCUAGAUGAGCGAUUUAAGUUGGAUAAGAGGUUUGCUGAAAAUGAAGAAGAAUCAGAUCAAGAGGCAAAGGAUAAUGAAGUGGAAAACCAGAUGGCGAUCCUUGAGGGUAUUGUGGGCCCUUUGUCUAAAAAGCCAAAGAAGGAGCAAAAAAUGAACCCAAUUGUGAGGUUUGACCCAUCAAGAGCAGACCACGGCAGCAAGUACAAAAUAACUAAGGAGCAAGAAGAGGUUGAAGAGGAGGAUGCUGAAGAACCUCUCCCUGAAGUUUCCUCUGAGAGAUUUUUUGAAGUAAAAACCGAUUUGAAGAAUGUGCUGCAGCCUAAUGAAGGGUUCAGUUUACGAAGUUUGUUUGGAGAGAGUGAAGAAGUGGAGGAAGCAGAGGCUGUUGUGCAAGUUCAGGAGCCCCAAGAAAAGAAGAAAAUCAUAAAAAAUCCUCUUGAGAAAACGGAAAAACCUAAGCCAUUUGCAGCAGAAGAUGUUACAUCCUUUUCAACAAAUGGUUGGUCGGUGCCUGUCGAAACAUUUUUCUAUCAAACCAACGAUUCCAGAUUUGACGACGGAUUGGAGUUUUUGAAAAAAGCCAAGAUACCUACCAAGUCCGAGUUUGAGAGUAAAAGAAAGGAUCUGUGGUUGUCGAUAAAGGGGAAAAACAAAAUUGUCGAUAGAAGGAAAUCAACAUUUGAGAAAAAAUUGGGCGGAAAGCCCAAGAACAAGCCUGUUAAGGGUUUUGGAGGGAAAAAACACCAAAUAAAGCGGAAGUAGUGAUUAAUUUAGAUUAAA